GCUGCACCUCUGACUGAGCAUGUGUGUGUGCGCCGCUUAGCUGUUAGCACUCAGAAAUGGCCGCAGACAAGCAGAACGAAGGCAAAGUUUCCCUCACGGACGAAAACAAAGAAAAUUUACCAGAUGGAGGACUUGGACUGGAAAUCCUGCAAAUCAUCAAGGAGUCCCAGCAGCAGCAUGGCCUCAGGCAUGGAGACUACCAGAGAUACAGGGGAUAUUGCUCCCGCAGACUGCGUCGCCUACGCAAGACUCUUGGCUUCAAGAUGGGAAAUCGGCACAAGUUUGUUGGGAAGAAAGUGACGGUUGAAAUGCUUUCUGACAACAGGUACCUUUUGCUGGUUUUGAUGGAGGCAGAGCGUGCGUGGAGCUACGCCAUGCAGCUGAAGCAGGAGGCUAACACAGAGCCACGUAAACGCUUUCACCUGUUGGCUCGACUACGCAAGGCUGCCAAGCACAGUGAGAAGCUGGAGAAGCUCUGCGAAAGCCCUCGCGUUGACGCUAAGACGAAGCUGGAGGCACAGGCCUACACUGCAUACCUGACUGGUAUGGUGGAUUUUGAGCUACAGGAGUGGAAGCUUGCUAUGGAGGCUUUCAACAAGUGCAAGACCAUCUAUGAGAAACUGGCCAGUGCAUUUACUGAGGAGCUGGCAGUUUUGUAUCGUCAGCGUGUAGAUGAGAUAUCGCCCAACAUCCGCUACUGUGCUUACAACAUUGGCGACCAGAAUGCCAUCAAUGACUUGAUGCAGAUGAGGCUGACCGGUGGAGGAGGAGGGAUGAUGGCUGAGAAACUAGAGGCCCUGAUCACUCAGGCAAGAACCAAGCAGGCAGCCACCAUGAGUGAGGUGGAGUGGCGAGGACGAUCGGUGCCGGUGAAGAUCGACAAGGCCCGCAUCUUCCUUUUGGGUCUGGCAGACAAUGAAGCUGCCAUCGCUCAGACGGCUAAUGAGGAGACCAAAGAGCAUCUGUAUGAGACUCUGCUGGCCGAGUGUAGAGACACCAUCCAAGCUGUGAGAGAGGAACUGAAGAGUGAGGCGAAGCAGCGAGAGAGGAGCUCUGAUAGUGACAGUGGAAAGGUGUCCAACCUGCAGUUCCUGCACAGCUACCUGACCUACAUCAAGCUGUGUACACUGGUGAAGAGGAAUGAGAGCAUGGCUCAUACUCUGCAGGCCAAACUGAAGGAACCUGAGACCGACGAGACCAAGAGGGGGCCCCGUCCCCAGGAUCUCAUCCGCCUCUACGACAUCAUCCUGCAGAGCCUGGCUGAGCUCUCCACCCUGCAGGGCCUGGAGGAUGACCACACCUUCCAGAAGGAGGUGUCCCUAAAGACGCUGGUCUACAAGGCCUACAGGUGUUUCUUUAUAGCCCAGUCCUAUGUGCUGGUGAAGAAGUGGAGUGAGGCGCUGGUGCUCUAUGAGAGGGUGCUGAAAUACGCCAAGGAGGUCCAGUCAAAGGCCAAGAGCUUCAACAACAGCCUCAAGGACCUCCCUGAUGUCCAGGAGCUCAUUGCUGAGGUCAAUGCUGAGAAAUACUCACUUCAAGCUGCUGCCAUUUUAGACACUGAUGAAACUGCUGAGGUUCCUUCUCAGCAGCAGGUCAAGGACAACACGCCCCUCAGUGAUCGCCUGGAGACUUUCCGCCUCGACCCCACUCUGGUAGGAAAGCAACCCAAUCUGGUCCAGUUCCCCCCUGACUUCCAGCCGAUCCCCUGCAAGCCUCUGUUCUUUGAUCUUGCUCUCAACCACGUGGCCUUCCCAGCGCUGGAUGAUAAGGUGGAGCAGAAGGGCAAGGGCGGCCUCACCGGCUACAUUAAGGGCAUCUUUGGCUUUGGCAGCUAAACCAAACCACAGGUUCUGACCUCCAUGUGAGAGCAGCAGAGCUGAGUUUAUCACAACCAACAAGACUUGGAUCAGUUGUUAAUCAUUUCAGUUCAUUUUAAUUUUUGAUUUUUGGUGCCUAAGUGCAAGAUGGGUGGAGUUUUUAGUCCUGAAGAAGGCAGAGGGAAUCUAAUCUUCCAGGUGAGAUUAUAGAGUCAGUAAUUAAAACAAUUUCAAGUAGCGAUGUGACUCAAGUCCACCUGUCAACUUUAGUAGUACCAUCAGGAUGCGUAGGUGACUCGCAUGCAGGCUCUCUCCUUAAUUUGAGCUUUGGAGAUGUCUGCGACUUCAAGUUUUACAGUUACCAUGCCAUGGUAUUGAAAGUUAAAGCCAAGUUGUCAAUCUCAAAAUCUAGUCAAGUAACCAAAGCCAUUUUGGCUUCAUUUUUACACUGUUAUGGAAGCGCCUUCAUAUAGUUUUGUCGCCUUCUUUUUCUCGUGACAUUUUCUGCUUUGUUAAACCUAAAAUUUAGAAAGUUUAUUUUAUCUCAGCGCCUUUCACGAAAUGCGAUAAAUAAUCCUUCAACCAGUAGUUUGAUGAAUUCCAUCUGAGGGAUUUUAUCAAUCAUCAUGUUUUGACCACUUCAAUAUGUGCUUCAAAGCUUCAGGAUAAACACCUUUUUAUUCCUGACAUAGAUGUUUUACAGGAACACCUUGCAGACAGCUCAAGAUGAAAGGUAGAGGGUCAGCAGUGAUGCAACACUAAACUGAAUACGUUGGUAUGCCGUUUGAAAACACAAAAAGAACGAUACUUUGACAGCUUUGUUUGCUGUUUCUUAUCAGUGUUCUUGGCUUUAGAUGUGUACAUAUCAGUCAUUUGACCAAGGCCUCUCUAAAACCCAGGCUCUGACUUGAAGAACAGACAACAGAAGGAUGACUGACGAAGCCACGAAUCACAGUUUAAGAUGUUUUUCUUCUUUAAAAAGAGAAAAGCUAUAAAGUCCAGUGUCUUUAAUUUGUCUGUCGGUUACUGUCUACACUCUUUAUUAGGUUAAACUAAACUCAAAGUUAAAUCUAAUGCAGCAGUCCUGCAGUAAACCCUCCUUCAUGAAGGAUAUAAUAUUCUGUCAUUUUAUUGUUUUAUAGAGCUGCUGAUUUACUGUUUGUGGAGCUGCUGGAUAGAAUCACAGUGUUUAUUUAGAUUAUGUUACUGAUACAAGUGUACAAAAUGAUAGAAACACCGGUCAGUUUUACUCUGUACAAUUCAGCAACAUAAAUUAGUUUUCAUCAAAGUAGGACUUGUUUUGGCUUGCUAAUAAACUGGCAAAUGUUUGUUGUACUUUGUGACAUUUGGCUUUAAACUUGUCAGAAAAGGGUCCAACUGAGCUCUUAUUUUGAAGGCUUAGUGCAGAAGUUCCUGCUGGAAAAGUGCAGCUCAUCAGACUGUAAUUAAUUCCUGUCUUGUUUUCAUGCAGAUGUAUUUUUAUUUGUAAAAGACAGCCGUAGAAGUUAAGACAUUGAAGGAGUUUUUAGCAGCUUUUCAUUCGUCUCACCACCACGCCUGUUUUCUUUGUCUUGGGUAGGACUAAAGUGCUUUCAUCGCAAGUUACACGUCUGUGGAUAUACAGUAAUGCUAGAAAAAUCCUCAUCCAUCGUUUACCUGUUAAAACGCAGAAUCACGUCUUCUUUCCACACCAAAGCUGACUUUCCUCUGAUCUUUUAGGGACCUGGUUUUCCUGUGACACCUGGUCAAACUAGAGGACUGUAUGUUUGUCAGUCACCCACUCGCAUCCAUUUAUCUGUUUUGCUUACUUAUUUUUAUCCGUUUUUUUUUUUCUUCUUCCACUCAGUGUUUUAUGUUAAUGACUUAAGAUGGAUGUGCUGGAACAGUUUCGGCAUUUUACCUCUGUUAACCUGGAAAACAGUUUAGUGAUGGCUAGUAGUUGCUGGAAACAUGCAGAAAGAGAACAUAAAUGAUGAGAAUGUGUGAUUUCUUUUAGUUUCCAGGCAUAUGAUUAAAAAUAUUUGCACCAAA